CUGAAGGGAUGAUAGUUUGCAUUGCUCAGUGAAUGCUCGAGUGUGAUCCGUGCCGCGCGCCCUUCCGUUCAACUUUCCGGCAUGGCCGACAAGAAGAGCCACGAGUUGAAUAGUUUUCCGGCCAACGGGGGAGAGGGUUCGGGACCCGCUGCAGAAAUGGCUCCCGAUGAUGACCUGCCCGAACGCGGCAACUGGGUUGGAAAACUGGACUUUAUUAUGUCAUGCGUCGGCUAUGCCAUUGGACUCGGAAACGUCUGGAGAUUUCCUUACCUCUGUUAUAAGAAUGGAGGAGGUGCUUUUCUAAUACCUUAUCUACUUACACUGUUCUUAGCGGGAAUACCUACAUUUCUAUUAGAAACAUCUUUAGGCCAAUUUCUAAGCAUCGGAGGUCUUGGUGUUUGGAAGAUAUGCCCACUUUUCAAAGGUGUAGGUUAUGCAGCAGCUGUGAUGGCAUUUUGGUUAAACACAUACUACAUUGUAGUGCUUUCAUGGGCUCUCUAUUAUAUAUUCAACUCUUUGCGGUGGGACGUUUUGUGGAGGACAUGUGACAAUUGGUGGAAUACCCCUCUCUGCCACUCUGAAUAUGACACUGUUGUCAACUGUACUAAAGAUGUUUGUCCAUCGGCUGUUAUACCAAAGAAUUACACAAGCCCCGUAAAAGAAUACUGGGAACGAAAUGUUCUGCAGAUCACUCCUGGGCUUGGAGAACCUGGAGAAGUGCGCUGGCCUCUCGCUGGAACUCUAGCUUUAGCCUGGGUCCUUUGUUACUUUUGUAUAUGGAAAGGAGUCAAAUGGACUGGAAAGGUUGUUUACUUCACGGCGUUAUUCCCAUAUGUUCUGCUCUUCAUUUUGCUCAUUAGAGGAGUAACUCUGCCAGGUGCUGGAGAUGGAAUCCGAUUUUAUAUUUGGCCAAACAUGAAUAAACUUGCAGAUUCUCAGGUUUGGAUCGAUGCAGCUACCCAAAUUUUCUUUUCGUAUGGUCUGGGUCUAGGCUCACUUAUUGCUUUGGGGAGCUACAAUAAGUACAGCAACAAUGUUUACAGGGACUCGUUGAUUGUUUCUUGCAUCAACAGUGGAACAUCUAUGUUUGCUGGAUUCGUUAUAUUCUCUGUAGUUGGAUUCAUGGCGCAUGAGCAAAAUAAACCUGUUAGUCAAGUCGCCGCAUCAGGUCCUGGCUUGGCCUUCUUAGCCUAUCCUUCAGCUGUGUUGAAGCUACCUAUAUCACCCCUGUGGGCUGUGCUUUUCUUCCUCAUGAUAUUAAUGCUAGGUCUUGACAGUCAGUUCUGUACGAUGGAAGGUUUCAUCACUGCAGUUGUUGACGAAUGGCCGCGGCAGCUUAGACCUCACAAAGAGCUCUUCAUUGCGGGAGUGUGCGUCGUGUCUUAUAUUAUGGGCCUUUGUUUCGUCACGCAAGGUGGAAUGUACGUGUUUCAGUUAUUUGAUUACUACGCGGCUAGCGGGAUUUCCCUAUUAUUCUUAAUAUUCUUUGAAGUUGUUUCCAUCUCAUGGUCUUAUGGAGUCAAUCGAUAUUACGACAAUCUUCGUGACAUGCUAGGAUACUACCCUUGCUUCUGGUGGAAACUGUGCUGGGUAUUUUUCACGCCUUGUGUAUGUGGGGGAGUUUUCCUCUUCAGUAUGGUUCAAUACCAACCUCUCUCUUAUAUCGGAUAUAAAUAUCCUGCAUGGGGUGAAUUCAUUGGCUGGCUGCUUGGUUUAUCAUCUAUGCUUUGCAUACCAAGUUAUGCUCUAUAUAAGUACUUUACGACUACAGGUACAUUUAAAGAGAGAAUGAAGAAGCUUUGCAGACCAGAUAUAAACAUUCAGGAAGAGAUUCGACAAAGAAAAAUACGAGAAGAUGGUAUGAGUUCAGUAACUGCCGUUUAAGAACAGUUUUCGAGAGUCCGUAGUUGCAAGGAAAUAAACAAUUCAUGCGUUUCAGCGUCUCUUGGGCACAAUGCUCUAUUACACCUAUCUUCCACAGUGUACGAGAUGUAAUAACUCUCACUCAAAUAAUAAAUGUCAAAUAAUGAAGGGUUGCAUAAGAGGAUUUUUAUUCUUUAAUGAAGCUAGCUGAACAGAGCAGUGGAAUACAUUAAAAAAGUGUUGGCUAACCACGUGUACAGUUCAUUUUAGAAACAUUUUUAUCAAGAAAAUUUGCAAACGAUGUUUAUUAUAAAAAUUUUGCUUCCUUUUAGAACAGCGCCGAUGGCUGUUUCACCGUAAAGACAGAGUUAAAUGUUAAUCCUGUUUCAUAAAAUCAGCACUCGAUCAUUUAAAGUACAUUGUAAAGAGUAGUUAGAAUUUAAAGUAUUAAAAACUUAUUUACCAAUUUAAAUUAAUGUAAAUAAAUGUCAUCAAAACGCUUCUGUGGACAUCUGUGGCUACAUUGUUAGAAACUAGUGGUUAUUCUCAUCCUAUGUUUUCAACUAUAGAGCCCAAAAGUGUUUGCUACCCUAGAUAAAAAUGCUAUCCUAGACUGAACUGGUAAUACAUUAUCAGGAUUCUUGGAUAAACAAACUCUGAGUUAGUGUAGUUCAUUUGUCAGCAAAUGAAUAUUCCCGAAAAGAAAGGGAAUUUUUUUUUUCGAUUAAGGCAAGUUUUUUACUAUGAAAUUUGCAUCCAAGCAGAAAUCUAUUUCUAAAAAUGAAGAUUGUAUUAUAUUGUUUUCUCGUGCGAUAUAUCUAUACAGGUUUGAAGAAAAAAAACAUAAGAUAAAAAAUAUAUUCAAACAUGAAGGACUUUAAAAAUAAAAGGAAAUUACGGCAUUUCAGAAAUAUAAUAAAAGUUUUCCUUUUAUUCAGCUUACACUUUUUACUGUAGUAUGUACUGUGUAAAAUGAACCAACACAAAGAAAAUUUGUUGAUACAAGGAAUCGUCGGAAAGAAAAUUCGUAUCUAAGACAGUUUGAGGACAACAUUCAGAAUCUAAACCAAUAUUUAAAAAAUUGGACUUAUGAGUGUUUCUCAAAUUUCAUUAUUAAGGUUGCAGUGUGCCGCAUGUAUUUUGAAUACGCGGCCUUAGUUAGGAAUAAAGCAAUUGUAGCUAAUUUUGAAGAGUAAUUUUCAGAUUUUUAAAAGUGUAAGCAGGAGAGAUUGUUAGGUACUUAAAAUUUUUUUAAAUAAUUAUAAUAUAAAAUAUUAUAUUUAAUAAAUGCAGUUUAUCCAUUGAAGCAGUUAUAAGUUUGGUUAAUUUGGUCGAACUUGGAAAAAAUCUUGAUUUUAUAGAAUAUGCUGUUAAAAAUAUCUUCUGCCAGCUAUUUGGUUAUCGUUGAUUAAAGUUUUGAUUAAUAAUAUUAAAAUUAGUCAACAAAAAUGCAACAGUACAAUUUUCAUAUUUUUUUUUUCAUUGCAUUAAUGUAUUCAAUGUGGCAUUAUAAUACGGAAGAACAUCUUUAAUGAAUAUUUUUGUAGUAACUAUUUACUUUUCAAGUCUAGCCUAAGAACAAAGAUAGAAUAUUUUCUUUUAUGGGAUACUGUGAAUAGUUGCUUUUUCACCGCACCAUUCGAAAGAAGAAACUGGUGAUAUUAAGAAACUACCAGUUUGCAUCUUUAAAUCUAACUUUGAUUAUCUGCUAAAAGUUUACAUUAUAUAUAUAUAUUUUUUUUUAAUUUAAGUGUGCCAUACAAGCAUAUAUUUCUAUUUUUAUUUAUGACUUAUAAAUAAUCUCUUUGUACAUUCAAAAUAACUUUAUCUUCAGCAUUCAAAAUAUUCAUUGUAUUUAUAAUUCAGCUUUAGUGCACAUCAUCAGUGAACGGAAUGUGAAUGAUAGUUUGGGAAAGUGAUUGCAAUAAAUCUACAGUGACGAGGAAAAAGUUGUCUUUAUUCAAACACAUUUCGUGGUCAAAAUUAUUUUCAUUGUAAAAGAAGUUGAGGAAAAGAAUGGAUGAAAUGGGAGUUAAACAAACGCCCAAUGUUAAUUGCAUUAAUAUUUUCUAUCUAUUGGGAUUCUUUUAGCUUAAAAAGAUCCUAAAUCCCGGCCUUUUUUAAGUGGAAGAAAUUUUUCCUCUCCUUUUGUUUCGGGGGGGGAGGAAGGGUUGGAACACAUUUGCUUAGAAACGUCUAUUAUAUUUUUUACUACUUCUUAAUGGAUAGCUAUCAAAAAUAUUCAAGUCUUACCGCAUACUGUACUCAAUAAAUGAACUCAGGAAUUUUUAUCAGUGUUUCUUUUUACAGUGUUUCACUGCUUUCAAUCAUCAUAGAAAUCCAUAGUAGUGAAACAGAGAUUCAAAAGCUUAGCCAUUACUUUUUAAAAAUUUUGUUUACGAGAGUUUUCUGGACAUGAUAUUUCAUUUCAUUAAAUGUUGUAUUUCAUAAUGACAUAUGUGGUACCGAGUCCCAUUGUAACGUUUAAGUAAAAUGUGUUUUUAUUUUAUUUUUAGAUUAAUUAUUCCUGUAUUGACAUUGCCUCAUAAAUAAACUUGUAUCAAAAUGA